CAAGGCUCUCUCUGGACAGGAGGACGCACGAGACCGAAGAAGCUGCUGCAGAGGCUGAGCGCGCGGAGAGCAUUGGAGACAGUGGCGGGAUCCCCGGCACGGCGCUGUUUUACGCACGCACUUACGCACGCACUAUGGACUACUGUUGAUCUCUGAGGGAAGAAGCAGUGCGCGCACAGAACUGCUGCAGCUCGUGCCUCCAAGCUUACUCAUUUAGUUUUUUAUUUUGUUUUCAAGUUGAGUAUCAGAGGUUGUUUUAACAGAACAGUGAGUCCAACUUAUACUGUCGGGAAAAGAAACAGGUGCGUCAUGAUGAAGUUGCUGCUUUUACCUGUUUUAAUGGCAUUUUUCGCCGUUGCUCAAGUUUUUUGUGAGGAAAACGACCCAAAAGAAGAGGCGGACUACUGGGCGAGCAGUAACCAAAUCCAGGAUGGCUGGCUUUCCAACGACCCAUUCAGAGAAAUCCUCCUGAGGAUGACAAGAAAGCCACGGCCGCAUCAGUUCAUCGGUCUGAUGGGGAAACGCUCCAUGGCAAAUGCACAGAUCACCCGCAAAAGGCAUAAAGUCAACUCUUUUGUUGGACUGAUGGGAAAAAGGAGCCAAGAGGAGCCAGAGUCCUAUGACUGGAGCACAAUACAGAUGUACGACAGGCGCCGCUAAACUGUCACCUCUUCACCUGCCUGCACCUCAUCUAGCCAUUCCUCAUCCACGGGAGGGAUACCAGACGCUGGUUUUGUUUUCUCCAAACUGUGUAUAGCUGUUAGUCGAAUAAAAAUGAUUCUGUUUCCACAUUGUAGUGACGUAGCAGUGCUGUACCUGUGCCAGUUUCAUUUGUCCCAGCAGAAGGUAGAUGGGGGGCGAGAUGAGGGGACACGGUGUCAUUAUCAAUGUUAGUGGAUUCUGUGAGCAAUUUUUGACCAUCUGCCAUGCUACAAAGACUAAAUGUUGUUGUGGACCAUCAAAGCAAGGCUAUGCCCAAGGGCAUGCUGAAAAUUGCACUGCCAAAGUCACUGUCUAGUGCCUCAUGAUUGUUUAAUUGCAACUGAUUGUUCUAUAAAUACAACACACUGAGACGGGGUCUCAUCUUGGCUUUCGAGUGACUUUUAGAAGAGCUGUCAUGUUCUCCACCUGGACGUGUGGUGUGAUAGGACACGAUACCUGUGUGUUAUAGUGGUUUCACAAAUAUUAAAAUUAUUUUCUUUACUGGUUCAAA